AUGUCUGCUCCAACAAGAAGCCUACGACGCCUGUCAUCUUUCAGAAACGCCAUAUCUCCAGCAUCGACCAUAAUUGCCCCCGUCGGCCGCCGAAGCUAUGCUACAACGGACUCCUCAUCCGCUACCAACACACCGGGAACCACACGGCGGAAAGCAACAACAUUCAAGGACAAGCUGAAUGCAGGACCCUCAUUCUCAGACUUCGUCUCGGGAGGACAAGAGCCACCCCUUGACCCUUCAGAGGCCUAUGCUCUUAAGACCGCGCUCGUCGGCCCCGCCGGUCGCAAGAAGGAAAUGACUCGACUGCCCGAAUGGCUGAAGACCCCCAUUCCGGACUCAAAGAACUACCAGCGCCUUAAGAAGGAUUUGCGAGGAUUGAACCUACACACUGUCUGCGAGGAGGCCCGGUGCCCCAACAUCUCCGACUGCUGGGGUGGUAGCGAUAAGUCCUCCGCCACGGCAACAAUUAUGCUGAUGGGCGAUACCUGCACCCGCGGAUGCCGUUUCUGCAGUGUCAAGACAUCCCGCACUCCCCCACCCCUCGAUCCGCACGAACCCGAGAACACCGCUGAGGCCAUCUCCCGCUGGAGCUUGGGAUAUGUGGUGCUGACCAGCGUGGACCGUGACGAUCUGGUAGACGGCGGCGCGCGCCACUUCGCCGAGACGGUUAUCAAAAUCAAGCAGAAGAAGCCGAGUAUGCUGGUCGAGUGUUUGACCGGUGAUUUCCGCGGCGACACAGAGAUGGCGGCGUUGGUCGCGCGGUCCGGCCUGGAUGUCUACGCGCACAAUGUCGAGACUGUCGAGGAGCUCACACCCUUUGUCCGCGAUCGCCGCGCCACCUUCCAGCAGUCCAUUCGCGUGCUGGAUGCUGCCAAGAAAGCUGUUCCGGAUCUUGUCACCAAGACUUCGCUCAUGCUCGGUCUUGGUGAGACGGAUGAGCAGCUCUGGGACGCUCUGCGUCAGCUCCGCGCUGUCAAUGUUGACGUCGUGACCUUUGGUCAGUACAUGCGUCCUACGAAGCGCCACAUGGCUGUCCAUGAAUACGUGACGCCUGACCGCUUCGAGCUCUGGCGCCAGCGUGCCCUCGAUAUGGGAUUCUUGUACUGUGCCUCCGGUCCCUUGGUACGAAGCAGUUACAAGGCUGGUGAGGCGUUCAUCGAGAACGUUCUCAAGAAGCGCCGUUCUGGCUCUGGUGCCGCUGAGGGCACUGUCGACCAGAGCGCUGCUACCACAGGCGAGGUUACCCAGUGA